CUGCACCCUCCCUGUGAAGCAACUGGACAAGAAGAAAGACAUGGGAAAAAAACAAAUUAGCAAGAAAAGAAUGUGUUUGGCAGGCUUUUUACUCAGACAUCAUGGCCUGUUUUCAGAAACCAACUGAAUGAAAACAGAUUUACAAGAGGCAAGCAUUUGUGGAAAAGUCCUUGAAGGAUUGUUAACUGUUCUUCUGGACAGAAAGAGACCAGUGAGUCAAGAGUGCUUUUGAGUUCUUCACUCUUACUUUCCUGACAGAACAGGACAAAAUGAUUAAAAAAGAGAUGAGUGUGUGUCAACAGACUCAGGCCCUUCUGCACAAGAAUUUUCUUAAAAAAUGGAGAAUGAAAAAAGAGAGCUUAUUGGAAUGGACAGAAGCACUGCUUCUAGGGCUGUCUUUGUGCAUAUUUUCGGAAUUCUUCAGAGCUAUUCGUUUUCAUGAACAGCCUCCUCAUGUUCUGGGACGUGUGGAUCAAUUUAAUGACUCUGAUCUAGUGGUGGUCUAUACCCCAGUCACUAACAUGACACAGAGGAUAAUGGAUAAGAUGGCUUUGGCUGCUUUUAUGAAAGGAAGAACAGUCAUUGGGACUGCUGAUGAAGAAGCCAUGAACAGAGUGCCUCCAGAACACAGCUCUGAAGUGGUGGGAAUUGUGUUCAGUGAUACUUUCUCAUAUCAGCUGAAGUUCAGUCAGAGAUACAGAUUCCCAAUUAUAAAAGAGCACUUUGAACACUCAGAACACUGUCGGGGUCUGCCUGAUGAAGUUUAUUGUUCCUUGACAAGGUACUGGAAGAAAGGGUUUGUGGCUUUUCAAACCGCAAUUAAUGCUGCCAUUAUAGAAGUCACAACAAAUCAUUCUGUGAUGGAAGAAUUGACAUCAGCUACUGGAAUAAAUAUGAGGACACUGCCUUUCAUCUAUAGGAGAAAAAAUAUAGACAAAUGGUUUAUUUUUAUUUGUGUAGUUUAUUUCUCUCCUUUUGUAUACACUGCAUCAUUAAACAUUACAGAGGAAAGAAAAAAAUGUAAGAAGCUGAUGACAGUGAUGGGUCUCCGAGGGACAGCAUUCUGGCUCUCCUGGGCAUUAAUGUAUGCUGGCUUCAUCUUCAUUAUGUCCAUUUUAAUUGGUUUGGUCAUAAAAUUUGUCCAAAUUAUAGUCAUUCCUGGCUUCAUGGUGAUAUUCACACUUUUUUUCCUGUAUGGCCUGUCUUUGAUUGCCCUGGCUUUCCUCCUGAGCGUGUUGAUAAAGAAACCAUUUCUUACCAGUUUGGUUGGAUUUCUCUUCACUGUGUUUUGGGGAGGUCUGGGUUUCUUUGUGCUGUACAGACAGCUUCCUUUAUCGUUGGCGUGGGCUUUAGGUCUGUUUAGCCCUUUUGCCUUUACUGCUGGAAUGGCUCAGAUUUCACACCUGGAUUACAACCUGAGUGGUGUUGUUUUUCCUGAUCCUUCUGGAGAGUCACACAUAAUGAUAGUGAUAUACUUCAUUUUGGUAUUUGACACUCUUCUCUAUUUGAUACUAACAUUAUAUUUUGAACGAGUUUUGCCUGAUGAGGAUGGCCACCGGCAUUCACCGUUGUUUUUCCUAAAGUCUUCGUUUUGGUCCCAACAUCAAAAUACUCAUCAUGAAGUCUUUGAGAAUGAAAUGAAUCCUGAGGAUUCCUCUGAGGGUUCUUUUGAACCCGUGUCUCCAGAGUUUCACGGAAAAGAAGCCAUCAGAAUCAGAAAUGUUAAAAAAGAAUAUAAUGGAAAGCCUGAAAAAGUAGAAGCAUUGCAAGGCAUAUUUCUUGACAUAUAUGAAGGACAGAUCACUGCAAUACUUGGACACAGUGGAGCUGGUAAAUCAACACUGCUAAACAUUCUUAGUGGGUUGUCUGUUUGUACAGAAGGAUCAACCACUAUUUACAAUACCCAACUCUCUGAAAUAACAAAGAUGGAAGAAAUCAGAAAGGACAUUGGAUUUUGUCCACAAUUCAAUAUUCAAUUUGACUUUCUUACUGUGAGAGAAAACCUCAGGCUAUUUGCUAAAAUAAAAGGGAUUCAACCAGAAGAAGUGGAACAAGAGGUAAAAAGAGUUAUAAUGGAAUUAGACAUAGAAAACUUUCAAGAUGUCAUUGCUAAAAAAUUAAGUGGCGGACAGAAGAGAAAACUAACAUUUGGGAUUGCCCUUUUAGGAGAUCCUCAGGUUUUGCUACUGGACGAACCAACUGCUGGAUUGGAUCCUUUUUCAAGGCACCGAGUUUGGAACUUCCUGAAGGAGUGCAAAACAAACCACGUGAUCCUUUUUAGUACCCAGUUCAUGGAUGAGGCUGACAUCUUAGCCGAUAGGAAGGUGUUUCUGUCUAAUGGGAAGCUGAAAUGUGCAGGGUCAUCUUUGUUUCUGAAGAGAAAAUGGGGUAUUGGAUAUCAUUUAAGUUUACACAGGAAUGAAAUGUGUAAUCUGGACAGAAUGACAUCCCUCAUUACACAGCACAUCUCUGAUGCCAAGUUAACAGCAGAAAGUAAAGAAAAACUUGUAUACAGUUUGCCCUUGGAAAGAACAAACAAAUUUCCAGAUCUUUUCAGAGACCUUGAAAAGUCUUCUGACCAGGGUAUAAUGAAUUAUGGUAUUUCCAUGACAACUCUGAAUGAAGUAUAUUUGAACCUGAAAGACAAAUCAGCAGUUGAUGAGCCAGAUUUGGGCAUUCAGAGACAGGAGGAAAUCUGCGUGACCAGAGGCACUGAAAUUGAGUCUGAAAUGGAACAGGCUCUCUGUUCUCUUCCUGAAAUGAAAAAGGCCAUCAAUUCUGGAACUCUCUGGAGACGGCAGAUCUGUGCGAUGGCAAGGCUUCGCUUCCUAAAGUUAAGGCGUGAGAGGAAAAUUCUUUUGUCCUUGUUAGUGGUGUUUGGAAUUGUUUUAAUCCCCGUCAUUUGCGAGAAGAUAAUGUUUGUGGUAUUUCAUCAUACUCAUCGAUGGGAGUUCUCAUCCAGUAUGUACUUCCUUUCUUCGGAACAGCUCCCACAAACUCCUCUUACCAGUCUGUUGAUCAUUAAUAAUACAGGAUCAAAUAUUGAAGACCUUGUACAGUCACUGAAGCGUCAGGAUAUAGUUUUGGAAGUCGAUGACUUUAGAAAUAGAAAUGGCUCAGAUGAUCCGUCCUACAAUGGAGCCAUCAUAGUGUCUGGUGACCACAAGGAUUACAGAUUUUCAGUUGCAUGUCAUACCAAGAGACUGAACUGUUUUCCUGUUCUUAUGGGAAUUAUUAGCAAUGCCCUUCUUGGAAUUUUUAAUUUUACAGAGCUUAUUAAAACGGAGAGAAGCGUAUUUCCUUCUGAUGACGUAAUACUGUCACUUGGCUCUUUGGAUCUUCUUUUGCUGUUACUUGUAAACUGCGCUUCUCCUUACAUUGGCAUGAGUAGCAUCAGUGAUUACAAACAAAAAGUUCAGUGUCAGUUGUGGAUUUCAGGCCUCUGGCCUUCAGCAUACUGGUGUGGACAGGCUCUGGUGGAUAUUCCGUUGUAUUUCAUGGUUGUUCUUCCAAUGCAUUUAACUUACUGCUUCAUGUUUUUGGAAUUCACAUUUCCAUUGGGAUUCUUGUUUGCUCUGAUGGUUUGCAUAGCUGUUUGUGCAGCUUCUUCCAUGUUCUUCACAUACAUCAUUUCAUUCAUCUUUCCCACGGGGAGAAAAAAUAAGGGCUUUUGGUCUCUUGGCUUCCUUAUGAUCUCAAUAUUUAUAGCCAUCAUCUUGGAGUCAGCUUCUACUGGAAAUACCACUUUAAUUAUAUGCAUGAUUUUAAUGCCUUCACAUACUUCACUUUUCUUUUUUGUAUAUUUGAUACAGUUGUCCUUUAUGUAUAAGAGAAGCUCCGAAAGUCAGAACUUUGGAAAUACUGUUGCUGAUUAUUUUGUCCUCUUAGCAAUCUUAAUACCAUUUCUUCAGAGCAUCAUUUUCCUUUUUGUUAUAAGGUGUCUGGAAAUGAAGUACGGAAAAGAAACAAUGAGGAAAGAUCCAGUUUUCAGAAUCUCUCCAAGAAGAAAGGAAAGUCAUCCAAAUCCAGAAGAGCCAGAAGAAGAAGAUGAAGAUGUUCAAGCUGAAAGAAGGAAAACAGAAAAUGCACUCGCUCCUUCAAACUUGGAUGAGAAACCAGUAAUAAUGGCAAGCUGUUUACACAAGAAAUAUAAAGAGAAAAAGAAAAGUUGCUUUUCAAAAAGAAAGAAGACAGUAGCCAUUCGGAAUGUUUCCUUCUGUGUUAACAAAGGUGAAGUCUUGGGAUUGCUGGGACAUAAUGGAGCUGGGAAAAGUACUUCUAUUAAAAUGAUAACUGGAGAGACAGAACCAACCGCAGGAGUGGUGAUUUUCCAUGGCAGCAGUACAUCUCUGAAGCAGCAAGAUGACAUCCUCAAGUUUUUGGGGUACUGUCCACAGGAGAAUGCCUUGUGGCCAGAUCUUACGGUGAAAGAACACCUGGAGUUAUUCGCAGCAGUGAAAGGACUGGGCAAAGAGGAUGCAGCUCUUCAUAUUUCAGGGUUGGUGGAUGCACUCAAGCUGCAGGAGCAGCUGAAGCUCCCCGUGAAGGCUUUAUCCGAGGGAGUAAAGCGAAAGCUGUGCUUCGCGCUGAGCCUCCUGGGAAACCCGUCGGUGGUGCUUCUGGACGAGCCGUCCACGGGGAUGGACCCCGAGGGGCAGCUGCAGAUGUGGCAGGCAAUUCGGGCCAUUGUUAGAAACACGGAGAGAGGUGCCCUUCUGACCACCCAUUACAUGGCAGAGGCCGAGGCCGUGUGUGACCGCGUGGCCAUCCUGGUGUCUGGAAGGCUGAGGUGUAUUGGCUCUGUUCAACAUCUGAAAAGCAAGUUUGGUAAAGAUUAUUUGCUAGAACUAAAAGUGAAGGAACCCACUCAGAUGGAGCUUCUUCACACACACAUUGUGAAGAUUUUUCCACAGGCUGCCCGGCGGGAAAGGUAUUCCUCCAUGACGGCGUAUAAAUUACCUAUGGAAGAUGUUCACCCUUUAUCGCAGGCCUUUUCCAAAUUAGAGGCAGUGCAUAUUACUGAAGGAUGACUUUCUGCACGAUAUCCCACACAACAGCAAGUUGAGCUUCUCAUAUCUCCAUAUUCAUCAAAGUCAGAGGCACGAGGAGCAAGAAUAUGGAGCCAAUGACUGAAUCUAACUGCGCCGGCACUCUCUCUUACCCCACUGAUCUGGUUGUUUACACUAGUGACAUGACUACGUUGGAAAAUACACAGGGAUGAAAUGUGGCAAGUCAGGAUCGGAGAGGGGUUUCUGAACUAGUUCCAGAGACACUGACCAGAGCUCACACUGGGUAUUUAUGAGGCUAUGACGUAUAAGAAACAUGGGAUUCACUGAAAAGGAACCAGCAUAGAGUAUACUCUGCCAUGGACUCAUAAAUAUAGACUAAAGUAAUACUCCACAGUUGAUUUGGAGUCCAAAAUAUGCAUAUGCGAAGAAUCAAAAGGCUAAAUACUGAAACAGGACACAAGGAACCAUUUAAAGAGGUUUACAGGUAAUUUGUACAUUAAUGCAUUGCUAUUUUUUUUUUUAAAUAAUCACAAUUUUUUUACUUUUCCAACAUUUGUUUUUUCCACAUUCUGCAGAAAAUAGAAUGUAUUCAGGCAAUUGCUCUGAAACAAAUGUCAAAAAAGUAAGAAUCAUAUAAAGCACAUUGUUGCAGAAUAUUCUGUGCCCUCCGUGGAAACAUGAUAUUUUGUUUGAAAUGAUUAGAUUCUGUAGAAAAUCCAUUUUCUCCAGGGUCCCCAAUGCAGAAUCCCUCUAGGCGUUGUACCAUCCUUUCCAAUAUGUUUAAUAAAGAAUUUUAUGUGGAGAAAAGAUGGUGGAGGAAAGAUAGCCUCUUCAGCAAGUGAAGUUAGGAAAGCUGGACAGCUGCGUGUAAACCAUUGAAGUUAGAGCACUCCCUCACACCAUACACAAAAAAUAAACUCAAAAUGCCUUAAACACUUAAACAUAAGACGCUACAAACAUCCUAGAAGAAAACACAGGUGAAACAUCCUCCGACAUGAAUCUUAGCAAUGUUCUCCUAGGGCAUUCUACCAAGGCAAUAGAAAUAAAAGCAAAAAUAAACAAAUGGAACCUAAUUAAACUUACAAGCUUUUACACAGCAGAGGAAACUAUGAAACAAAGGAAACAGAACCUACAGAGUGGGAGAAAAUGUUUGCAAAUGAUGGGACUGACAAUGGCUUAAUUUCCAGAGUAAACAAACAGCUCAUACAACUCAAUAACAAACAAAAAACCCUAAUCAAAAAAUGGUACAAGAUUACACUGUAUAGCACAGGGAAAUAUACACAAAAUGUUUUGAUAACUCAGAGAAAAAAAUGUGACAAUGAGUGUGUAUAUGCCCAUGAAUGACUGAAAAAUUGUGCUGAACACUGGAAUUUGACACAACAUUGUAAAGUGAUUAUAAAUCAAUAAAAAAUGUUAAAAAAAUGGACAGAAGACUUAAACAUUUCUCCAGUGAAGACAUGCAAAUGGUCAAUAGGCACAUGAAAAAAUGCUCAAUAUCGCUAACUUUAGAGAAAUAGAAAUAAAAACUACAGUGAGGUAUCAUCUCACACCAGUCAGAAUGGCCAUCAUUAAAAAGUCCAUAAACAGUAAAUGCUGGAGAGGGUGUGGAGAGAAGGGAGCCCUCCUACACUGGGAGGAGGGAGUGUAGUUCGGUGCAGCCGUUGCUAUCUUUGGAUUAGCCAUAUUGGCCCUCUUCUUUAAUUUAUCCUUCAAGAAAAUUUAAUUACUUGGCCUGUAUAGUAUCUCAUGGAUUUGAAGUUGCUGC